AUGUUUUCCAUGCUAGAUGGCGAAUGGGACCUCAAUGAUGUUACUCAAAUCACCUUCCGCAAAAUCAACUUCGGCCAGGACCCUGCGCAGUGGACAACAGCCUGCAUCUUGCGCCAGGCAUGGACUUUGAUUCCUCCAACACCGGACUUCACCGAUGUUGGUUCUGUCAUGCGGAAAAUCCAGUGGUUAUCACUAGAAGAACGGGAAAAGUUACCACUGAAUCCAGAUAUGAAGACACUUCAUAACCCUUGGAGAAACGAGAUCCAUCACUUGUGGAAUCAUCUAUUUUAUGACAUUGGGAAUUUUCUGGAUGGUACGUAUGGGAUGGGCAAGUUCUAUCCGCCGAAUGAAGAUUUGUUUGGACUGGAAUUUCCUCAACCAUGCGGAGAUGAGGAAGGCGAGAAUAUGCCGGUCAUGACGAAGGUCUGGGAGACGGAAGUCAUCUUAUUACCGACGUAUCUCGCUCCCGGGGUGAUUGUCCGGGUUGAAACUUUUGGUCUGGGGGAAGAGAAUGGAGUGCCCCGCAAUGUUGUUAGGCUCCGAGGAAAAUUCUCGAAUGAGACGGAGAAGUUGGCGCAGGCUUGGUAUAUUGCGAAGGGACUGGAGACGAGAUUUUAUAUUGAAGGUGGAGAGAAUCCGGCUUCUGAUGGGUGGGCUGCGGUCAUAGUCUAUGGGAAGAUUGUUGAAGAGUCCCCAAGACCUUCAUGUGACUAA